AGGCUGCAAUCGGGCAAACAUCGAGUGCAGUUCGAUUUUGUUUGUCAAGUCGAGAAUUAACCCACUUUCUUCAUCAUGCUGAAGCUGGUAUUGCUCUUGCUCGCCGCCCUGCUGGCCGUUGCCAUGGCUGUUCCUGCCCCAGGACCGAAUCCCAAUCCCGCUCCGGUGCCCCAGUUUGUCUACUCCGCCGGCUAUCCGGCCGUGGGCUACGCCUCGCCCUACGUCUACUACGGCUGAUUUCAACAUCCGGAUACACUAAAUAAAGCCUUUCGAUUUGUGCAUGAACAA